AUGGAUUCCGUUUCCGAUCUCUUAGAAAUCGCCGGCGAGGACGAUUCUCUACUCUCCGGCGUCAACAAUUCCACAUCCGCCAACCUUUUCUCAUGCUCUCCACUCGUUUCUAUCAGAUCCCGUCCUCCUCAAACCGCGCAACCAGUAGAGAGAAUCGAAACUACUUCGGUAGUUUCUGAAGAUUUGAAUUCGUCUCCGAAAUGUAGUGGACCGGAAGCAUCGGAGACUCAGCAGUCUCAGCAGAAGAAAAGGAAGAAAAAAUUCGGCGGAUUCAAUUUGCGCAAAAGCUUGGCAUGGGAUAGAGCUUUUUUUACUGAACAAGGUGUUUUGAACCCCACAGAGCUUUCUAUGAUCAGUGGCACGGCCACACCUAAUUCAAAGUCCAAUUUGGAGGUUAUAGAUGAAGAAGAACUGGCUACAACUUCAACAGUAUUGCAGCAAAUCGAAGAAAAUUUGUUUAGACAUUCAUCUGGAGGUGUUUCGAUUAGAGCGAAGAAGAUUGGUGCUGUUUCUGGCUUAUCACCAAAGCCCGGUGCAUCGGUCAAACGAACACCACCCGUUGCUUCCUUGGGAAAGAGGAAAGUGCUUGCAACCAACAAUGUUGGAAAUAAAUAUAAGCGCAGUGCUAUUCCAAAGGCGGUACCUUCUUCAUCAUAUCCUUGCCAUUGCUUGUUUAGAUGCCUUUUAUUAACAGUCAGUUUUGUCAAGAAGAAUCUUAUGGGGAAAAACGUAGAAAUUCUUACUAUGCAUAUUGUUAACAAUCAGCUUUCUCAAGAAGAAUCUCGUGAGAAAAAACGCAGAAAGAAUCUUACUUUAACUCAAACAGUGUCAGAGUGGAGUCUCUUUACUGUGUGUGCUGGAAUUGAGUUGAUAUCAGGACCAAAAUCCAAUGUUUCUGCUAAUGCAACUACCACUAGGAGUGGAAUGUUGAGCUCAAGUUCCUCAAAAAGAAAUCAGAAUGCACAUCCUGGCCUGUCAAAAAAUCCUGCGCCAAGCAUCCCUAGCCUAUCAAAAAAUCCUUCGCCAAGCAUCCCUCGCUUGUCAAAAAAUCCUACGCCAAGCAUCCCAAGCCUAUCAAAAAAUCCUACGCCAAGCAUCCCAAGCCUAUCAAAAAAUCCUACGCCAAGCAUCCCUAGCCUAUCAAAAAAUCCUACGCCAAGCAUCCCUCGCUUGUCAAAAAAUCCUACAUAUGUUCCAAGCAUCCCUAAAGUUGAUACGGCUGACAAGUGUUCUGUUAGUAGAACUCUUACCAAGCAGGCUGGAAAACUUUUGGAUAACUCAGUUUCUGUACCACGCCCACCAUCCAGCAUGCAUCAAACAGGGACAAUAAAAUCAUCAGGCUUACGGAAGCCAUCUCCUUCCAUUGGUUUCUUUUCUCAGGUAAAAGCUUCCGGUUCACACAGCUUGCAGAAAAGCUCUAUACCUUGCAAACCUUCUGAGAGUAACAUUCCAAAACUAAGGAAGUUGGAAACAGUUUCUGUUAAAGAGGCAAGGCCAAAAAUUGUCAAAGGGGCUGCAAAGAAUACUAAGGAAUUAAGCCUUUCAGAUGUCCAGUCUGAAGCAAUCAUGCAAAUAGACAAUAAGCAGAUGGCUGGUGUAGAAGUGGAAUGUGAUUCUUCGAGUUUUGAAAUAGUAAGUAAGCAAGCAGAGGUUGAAAACAUUCUUGACGAUGUCAUCUUAAAAUCUCAGGAGCAAGGAGAACUACAUGAAAAUAAAAUCAUUUCUAGCAAGGAGAACAUGGCAUUACCUACACAUGGAAAGGAAUUUCUUCGAAAGAGUCAGACACAUGAGCAGUUGGAGAAAGAGGCUGACCACGAUCUGGGUAACAAGUUAUAUGAUGUUCCGUCAAAUGUGGACCGGUCUUUAUAUCAGGAACCACAGUCUAUGCUCAAUCCUAUCAUGCAGAGAACUUCUAACACUGUGCAGAAUGCAUCAGGACAAGAUGAAGGUGAUCAAAUCAAAGGGCCCUCCGGUGACGUUCCGACUUUCAAGGAAAGUUUGAUACUACAGGAAGAGCAUAGAACUUCUUUUAAGGAUGGUAGACAUUCGGGAGAGUUUAAGGGAGACAACAAUGUCAAGAGUGCACUUUUAAAUUCUAGCCUUGAUGAUUUUAGCAAAACUGUCCCCGAAGGAUCUAAACAUGGAACCCCGUGUAAGAAUACAGAACAGGUAAAUUAUGGUGCUGGUGAAUUUGGUAAAUAUGGAAGAGAUGCACAAGGGCAUUUACUGAAUGACAGUCUCACUAUCAAUUGCAAAAAAACCACCCAAAGUAAUUUAGAGGCAGUUAGUCUGCAGUUACAGGCAGACCAACCCAUGACUCUAAAUCCUAGUGGUGUAAAAGAAAAUGGACCAGAAAAAGAAAAUAUCUCUAAUAUGAACUGUUCUCAGCAUGUUCAUGUGAUGACCUUAUUUUCCAAAGGUUCUCCUGAAAAGUCUAUACUAGGAAUCAACGGUGCUUCUGAGAAUGAAUCAAAAAUAAUUGAGAUCAAACUUCCAGUAAAUGAUCAAUCAGGUUUCAUCCCAAGAAGCCCAAUGGAUAAGGAAUGUGACCAGGUUAUUGACUCAAAAGCAGUCCAUGAUAGAACUCCAGAGUUUGAAUUGGAUAGGUUGAGUGAAGAUUGUAUAACUGUUUCGACAUCUUCAAUGGCAGAUGAUAAUAACAUAAAUGAAGAUUCCCAUCUUCCUGGGUUUCAAAAGCCUAGUGCUGUUGUUACUGUAAAUUCCCAAGAUGUUCACUUGGAUAAUGACUUUCUGCCAGCAGUUAUUGUUUCACCUACAGAACUCAAGGACCAAAAUUUAGUUGAGGAUGCAUUUGAAGAUUGUGGGUUCCAUAGCAUUGAGCACAAUGCUACCAAUCAUCAUAUUGAAGAUAUGCUAGCGGAACUCUUGCAAAUAAAUGGUGCAGAAGAUGGAAAUUGUGAUGUGGAUGAAAAUGUGGAACUUUUGCAAAUCAAUGAUGUGGAUGAAAAGGUGGAAGUUUUGCAAAUAAUUGAUGGAGAAGAUGGAAAUCAUGAUGUGGAUGAAAAGGUCGAACUCUUGCAAAUCAACGGUGCAGAAGAUGGAAUUCAUGAUGUGGAUGAAAAGGUCGAACUCUUGCAAAUCAACGGUGCAGAAGAUGGAAAUUAUGAUGUGGAUGAAAAGGUGGAACUUUUGCAAAUUAAUGGUGCAGAAGAAGUGAGCGAAGACUCCUGUCUUUUAAGUGAAGAAUCGAAGUUACUAGCUUCAGAUAAUCCAACCUUCAUUGAAACAAUCCCACAAGAUUCUUCUAUUGAAGUGAGCGAAGACUCCUGUCUUUUAAGUGAAAAAUCAAAGUUACUAGCUUCAGAUAAUCCAGCCUUCAUUGAAACAAUCCCACAAGGUAAUGAAGUUAGUUCAGCGAACAGUGAAAGUUUUUCAGAUGUAGCUGUAACUACUGUAUUUGAGAAUGAUAAGUCUCCUAAUACUGACAUGCCGAAUCAGACUGAAGACAACAUCGACUUUCUGGAAGACAACAGCAAAAAAAUUCAUCUCGAAAUAGAUGCAAGUAAAACCAAACAGGAAGUUCCGAUAGCGAAGCCUCCACUGAAUGUUGCUCCAUUUACUGAGGAAUGGUUUGCUGCAAUAGAAGCUGCUGGAGAGGCGAAGUUACUAAAUUCAGAUAUGCUUGUAAACAAAGAUGGAAAUCAAGAUAUGGAUGAAAAGGUGGAACUUUUGGGAAUCAGUGGUGCAGAAGAAGGUUCAUUAGAUAUAUCUCCUUCAGUUGAUAUUAAAGAUAUGGAUGAAAAGGUGGAACUUUUGCGAAUCAAUGGUGCAGAUGAAGGUAAUGAAGUUAGUUCAGAAAACAGUGAAAGUUUUUCAGAUGUAGCUGUAACUACUGUCUUUGAGAAUGAUAAGUCUCCUAAUACUGACUCGCUGAGUCAGACAAACCACAACAGAAAAACAAUUCAUCUCAAAAUAGAUGCAACUAAAACCAAGCAGGAAGUUCCGAUAGUGGCGCCUCCACUGAAUGUUGCUCCAUUUACUGAGGAAUGGUUAGCUGCAAUAGAAGCCGCUGGAGAGAAUAUUUUAACGAUGAAAAGCGGCGCUGUACAAAACUCUCCCCCUGACAAAGUCCAGAAUGAACCAAACCCUUGGUCACCGGUGAAGAAAAAUCAAGAGAUUGGACCAUUUGAUUGUACUAAAAUAACCAAACAUAACCUGCUGAGUUCCGAUCCAUCAUGA